GUAGCAUUCUUAUACCUAAAAAUUUUGUAUAUUUUGAUUAUGACGUUAUACAUUUUAUCAAGAUUUAACCAAUUACCUUAAAAAUGAAUUUUGAUUUUACUGAGCAUAAUCUAGAAAAAUUUUACAACGAUCAUUACAUAGAACGUUUGAAACAAAAAUGGAAAAUAUCAUUGGAUACUUUUCAUCAUUUAUACCCUUUUCAAAUACGUGGAAUACAAUUUUUAUUACGAAAUUUUUUAAAGAAUCAAAGUUGUAUUCUUGAUUAUGAUCCACAAAUGGGCAAAACUGUAAUAAUUUCUGUUCUAUUGGAUAGUAUUAUGUGCACAAACAGCCAAUUUCAUUCAAUAAUAAUAUGCGAACAGCACCUAAUCAAUCACUGGUAUGAGCAUAUCAUUAAAUGGAGUAACUUUGAACCUAUUUGUAUUAAAAAUUCAACAGAUAUUGAAAAAAUUCAUCUAAAUGAUCGAAUUAUUUGUAUUGUUGAUUAUGAAAAAGUAAACGAAAUAAAAAUUAACACAUGGAAUUUAAUAGUCGUUGAUAAUGCUGAUAAAAGAUCGAUAAUUAAUAAUCGCCAUGUGAAAAAAUUUAAAGAUAAUUGCAAAUCUUCAAUGUUUGUAUUAUUAACGAACGCUGCCGUAAAACAACCGUCAAAAAGAGAAACUCUUUGGUAUCUUCUUCAUUUUUUAAACACAGAGCCAGCAGUUCCGUCGUUAAAGAAAUUCACAAGUGAAAGUUUAUACACUCUUCAAGAUCAACUUUGGUUUCCUUGGCGAGAUUUAUAUCAACGAAUUGGCUGGUAUAUUUAUCCAGAGUAUAAGGAGAUAAUAAAGAAAAAUAGCAAUGUAAUUAUUAAAAAACAACCGCCAAUACUUCACAAGAUACCAAUAAAUGAUAUAACAAUUACUGCAGAUGAUACAAAACUUGAAAAGCAUGAAUUAACAACAAAAUCCGCUGAAAAAAAUAAUUCUAAAAUCAAUUUAUUAGGAAAUUAUUUCAUAACUGUCAAUAAUGAAUUUUUAACACCAAGAUGUAUUGAACUUCGAAAAUUAUUAAAACCAAAUACAAAAUUCGAAAUUGUUAAUGAAAAUAACAAUCGUGUAAAUAAUUUGGAAACAUUGAACAGAAAUGAUAGACCAGGAAAAAUAAAUAUUGAUAAUACUGCCAAAUUAAAUAUCAACUCAGAAAAUAAUGAUCGUAAUGAAAAGAGAAAUAAUGAAUUCGAAAAUAAUGAUAAUGCCACAAAAUUAAUUAAUGUUCAAAAUUAUCUACUCGAAAACAGUGAUAAUAAAACACAAACAAUUAAUUUUCUAAAUAAAUUGGAAAAAAUCAAUCAAAAUGAUGAAUUCAAAAACGAUUUUGAACAAUUAAUAGCAUUUAAUAAAAAACCAAAAAUUAAUAGUCAAGAAACAAAGGCGGUUAAAAGCCAAUCAGAAAAAACGAAUAUAGAUUUACCAGUCGAAAGUAAAGGAAAUAAUUCAAAGGUUUAUAAAGAAUUAAUAAUUUUAAAUAAACAAAUAAUUAAUAAAAAUUAUGAAUUCGAAAGCAAUCAUAAUGCUGAAAAAAAAAAUAAUCCGCUGUUUAGACAAUCACAAAUUUUUAUAAAUGACGAUGCUACCAAGAAAAUUAUGAAAGAAUCUGUAGAUAAACGAAUUAAUACUACGGAUUACAGUAACGAUCGGAAAAAAUUAAAAACACACUCAUCAAGCAAUAAUUUCAAAAGUAUUGAAUUGAAAUCAAAUGAAAAAGAUUCUAAACAGAAACAAGUUGCUGAAGAAGUUUCAAUAAAGAAACGAAACGCACAACAGGAUCAACUAUAA